ACACACUGAAACCUUUUGGUUUGAUAGGCCUACUGUUUUGUUCCCCUUUGUGUACAUUGGCUCACAAUGCCAUAACUGUGUGUAAUGUGCGGAUUCUCACACCCACGGCUCAUGGUAGCCUCCCUUCUUUCUGAUUGGUCCUGUGUAAGCCCGUUUUAAGCCACAAUGCACUGAGACGAGUUCAUUCCCACGUGCGUCUUGAAGCCAUACUUGUUGGCUAUUUUUGACCGUUGACGUUGUCAGAGCGUCCGUGCCGGAAGCGCAGAUUCUUGAGGAAAGCACAGGAGAAGAUCGCAUCUCCGGUAUGGAUCACGAGUCUACGGUAAACACCGCUGACGAAACGGACAGAGAAUCCCCACACUCCAAUCACAUGGCUGAGGAAGUACAGGUAAGCUCUUCCUUUUGCACACUGCGAAUCCGCCGAAAGCGUAGGGGCACAUGCGCGACGAUGGUCACGACGACAGAUGCAUCGGCUUAUCGACUGGUUAAGUCAUGCCCACAUCUGAUUGGCGAAAUGAUGCCGCCCACGCUGCCACUCGCGAACGCAACCCUGAUGCCUUAUUGGUGGUUAGCUUAAGCGUUCUGCUUAAGAGUAGUACAGCGUUGUUUUGGUUUCAAUAUCGGUCUAAGCGUACUGUGGUUGUUUGGUCUUCGUCUAUGUACCCGUCUAACGAUCUAUCGGCAUGGAAUGUCGGUAGUCCAUCAAACGACCCGACAUGCUUUCCACCAAGUUCCUCUUCAGUUCCCUAUCCAAGUCCGUACCCUGGAUCGGCCUCAGGCGGGUACCCACCAGGACCUCCAGGUCCCUAUAACGCAGAACCAGCGGUGGGAUUUUCAUAUCCUGCCGUAGCGAACACUUUUCCGGGAUCCGCCUAUUCGGACGCCUUUCCCGGCUACCCGGCUCCUAACCAUCCUACAAACGCACCUGGAGGCCGUCCCAAUCCACCUGGUUACCCAAAUCCGUUGGAUGUGGGGUACGGUUCGGCCAACCCAAUUGAUUCGCACGCUUCCACGGGAGCUCGAUCGAGCUAUCCAAUUAAUCCGACGCCCAGCGGGUUUCCAACGAAUGUGUAUGGUUUUCACGGUGCACCACAACCUAGCCAGGGUGGAUACCAAGUUGGCACUGUGCUUCCCAGUCAACCUGCUCCACACGAAGACAUUUAUGCCCCUACCCUCAAGCCUUCUCCAAACUUCAAAGCGUCCGAGGAUUGUCAGCGGCUGCGUAAAGCAAUGAAAGGCAUGGGCACCGAUGAGAAGACAAUUAUCGACAUUAUGGGCCAUCGUUCUGUCGAACAGCGGUUGAAGAUUGCUCAACAGUUCAAGACCAUGUAUGGCAAAGAUUUGAUCGAAGAAUUCAGAUCCGAACUGAGUGGACACUUCUACGAAUGUGUGCAGGCGUUAUGCUACUCUUCGGCGGAUUUCGACGCUGUGCAACUGCGGAAGGCUGUCAAAGGAGUGGGCACAGAUGAAGACGCCUUAAUUGAGAUUCUGUGUACGCGGACAAAUGAACAGAUUCGUGCAGUGAAAGAGGCGUAUGCAAGGAUCUUCCGUGGUCGUGAUUUGGAGAAAGAUGUGAUCAGCGACACCUCUGGUCAUUUCAGACGUCUUCUUGUCAGUAUGCUCCAGGCGAAUCGUGAUGAGAGCCCAACGGUCGAUAUGCAAGCUGCUCGACGGGACGCGGAAGCUCUGUAUCAGGCAGGCGAGAAGAGACUGGGCACAGAUGAAUCUACGUUUAACAUGAUCUUGUCGUCGAAGUCGUUCCCCCACUUACGAGCAGUGUUUGAGGAAUAUUCCAGGGUGAGCAAAAACGACAUCGAGAAGGCUCUCAAAUCCGAGAUGAGUGGCGAUUUGCUCAAAUCAAUGCUAGCGAUCGUACGGUGCAUUCGCAACAAACAGCAAUACUUUGCUCGUCAGCUGAUGAAAUCGAUGAAGGGACUAGGCACAAAAGACCGCACGCUAAUUCGGUUAGUUGUGUCCCGAUGUGAGAUCGAUAUGCAGCUGAUCAAACAAGAAUUCCAGAAGGCCUAUGGAAAAACUUUGGAGUCGUGGAUUACGGACGACACCAGCGGGGACUACCGCAAACUUUUACUCACCCUCGUGUCCGCCUGAUUGCUAGCAAUGAAAAACAACACUUGCAUCUGUGAUAAUACUGUUCUGUUUUGACUCAGAAGAACAGGAUGACUUUUUUGCAUGAUUCCAUUUGUUUCUCAGCUCCCCGUCUGUACUAAUCAGAUUCGUUUGUCGAAGCGGUCAGAAAAAUAAAAGAUUACAACGCUCGCUUU